AUGAUUGUUGGUUGGAUAACAUUUUUUCUUGUUAUAUUAAUGGUAAUACCUAGUUCUAGUCUUAUUUGUUUUGAAUGUAUAUGUAAUUUUAAAAAAUUUUGUGAUUGUUCAAAUACAAUUGAUAGAAAUGAUAGCACUCGUUGUAUUAUUGAUCUAAAAUAUGCAUUGAAUAAUUCAUCUAUUUAUUUAACUGGUGCUAAUCAUAAUUCAACAUAUUUGAAUACCAAUGAUCAUUAUUAUAUUGAUAUAAAACAAUCGAUUAUACAUAAUAAAAAAACAAAAGAUUGGUAUACAUUAACACAUGAUAUUAUUUAUAGUUGUGAUUGGAAUUAUUGUAAUGAUUUAAAAUUAAUAAAUAUAUUUCCUCUUACAAUUAAAACAACGAUUAAUAAAGCAUGGUUAAAUAAAAAUAUUUAUGGUAAUGGUGUAGUUGAUAAAUGUCAUUAUUGUCCAAAGAAAUUCUGUCGUAAUUCAACAUAUCCUAUUGAUUUUAAUCAAUGUCCAAUUAUAAAAUGUACUAAACGUAAAACUUGUAUUAUGUCUAGUUUAACAAAUAAUAUUCUUACAAAUGAACAAUGUUUUCAUUCUGAAUGUUCAUCAAAAGAUUCAAGCGAUGAAUCAAAUGAUAAAGAUGAUGAACAAUCUAAAAUUGUUCUGGAUAUAAUUAUUUUUUUAGCUCAAAAUCGUUCGAAAUUUUCUAUAUUAAAAAUGGAUAUAUUUUGUACUGCUGAUAAUUGUUCUCGUCCAACUAUUUUUCAAGAAAUAAAAGAACAAAUUUCUAUUCCAACUAGUGAUCUAGCUAUAUUUCCAUCUGUUCGACCAACAACACUAUCGUCAACAUUGACAACUACAACACAUGAAGAAACAACAGAAGUCCUAACUACAACAACGACAACAAUAUCCAAUAAUCUCGAAUGUUAUAAAUGUUUAUGUAUGAAUAAUAAUACUUGUUCAUGUAAAGAAACCGAACAAAACUCUUUUGAAACUACUCAUUGUAUUAUUGUUGAAUCAUUUGUCAAUGAAGAAAUAUUUUAUACUAAUCUUACACAUAUUAAUCAAAAUUCUAGUCAAAUAUACAUUCAACAAUUUCCUUAUAUAUUAAUUCAACAAUCAAUUAUUUAUAAUAAAACUCUUAAUGAUUGGAUUAGUAGUACAGAUUUUAUCUAUUAUGGUUGUAAUUGGCAUUUAUGUAAUGAUCCUUAUUUAAUAUCUCAUCUUAAAAAUAGUGUGAAAAUAUCUUUAAAUAAAUCAUGGUUGAAUAUUAAUGUUUUAAACAAUGAAAUAUUAUUACGUAAUUGUAAUGAAUGUCCAAAUAAUUUUCAAUGUAAUUCAAUUGAUAAUUUGAAUACUGAUGAAUGUCCUCUUCAAAAAUGUAAUAGUACUUGUUUUCUAUCAAAUAUAUAUAAUUAUGGAAUUAAUAAUGAACAAUGUUAUCAAUCGUAUUGUGCUACAUCAAACAAUAUUUCGAAUUUUGAAAAUGAUUUACAUCCUAUUAUAAUACAAGGUAUUUUAUAUUUAAAUCGAUCAAACCAUGAAAUUGAAUUAUCGAAAGUAAAUAUUCCUUGUCAUGCAACUGAUUGUUCUUCAUUAGAAAUAUUUCAAGAAAUUAAAAGUCAAUUAAUUGUACAAUUAGGCGAUUUAAGUGUCUUCUAUGGUCUUAUAGACACAACAACAACAGUAGCAACGACAACAACAACAACAACAACCACAAUAACAGCAACACAACUAUCAACAACUACAGAAACAACAACGGCAGUAACAACGAUAGUAACAACAGUAGCAGCAACAACAACAACAACAACAACAACAACAAAAGUAACAACGACAGUAACACAAACAACAACACAAUAUUCUACUACCACCACUACCACAAAGAUUCCAUCUUUCUUUUAUGAUCAGUAUUUAUGUAAUAAUUCAAUGUUAAUCCCGGGAUUGAAUGGUACAUGUGUUCCAAUGAUUGAUGCUUACGAUGAAGCAGUAGAUUUUCUAAUGAAUGAAAAUAAUAUUGUAAAUGUUAUUGAUAUAGCUAAUGCUCUUAGUGUAUAUUUUGGAGCAACUGCAUCUAUGGAUUCAUUUGAACAAUUAAAUAAAACAUUAACACCUAUAUUAAUAGAUAAUCUAGUUGGUGUUCUAAAUAUUAGCCUUAUUCAAAAUUCUUCAUCAUCAUUUAUUAUGUGUCAAUCGAUAUCUAAAACAGAUCUUGUAUUAGGUGUUUCAUUUGAAUCUGGUGUAGGUGGUCAAAUAAUUGAAAAUUCAACUAAAAUUGAUUUAAUCAAUUCGAAUUUAACUGCUGCAGCUAUAAUUAGUCCUGAUUCAUUAAUUAAUACAGGAAUAACUUAUAUUAAUAUGCUUGUAAUAGAUGAACCACCUAUUGAAUAUUAUCGUUUAAAUAAUUCAAAUGAAAAAAUAGUUUCAUCAUCAAUUAUUGUUGCUAAAACACAAACAAUAAAUAAUCAAAUUAUUUCAAAUAUGAAUAUUACAAUUUAUUUUACUCUUUUACCUAAUUUAGAAUAUAAUUUAACUAAUGGAAAAUAUUAUUGUUCAUUCUAUGAUACAAAUACAUCAAGUUGGAUUGAACAUGGAUGUACUUAUCCAAUAUUUAAUUCUAAUUUUCAACGAUAUGAAUGUAGUUGUAAUCAUUUAACUUCAUUUGCUCUUGUAUGGUUACCAAAAACAAUGCACAUAAAAAAUACAAAAUAUUUCGAUGUUGAAGAUAUUAUUUCAUUAAUAUUUCAAAUGAUUUCUAUAAUAUGUUUUCUAAGUAUUCUUAUUCAUAGUUUGAUAAAACGACGUAUUAAUUUAAAUAUUGAAUUAGAAGCUCGUGAUCUUUUACCACUUAUAUCAUGUGCAAGUACAAUAUUAGUUUUUAUCUUUUAUAUAACUCUUGGUUUAACUGUUUAUACUCAAACCGAAUCAUUAGAAGAGAAUAUUUGCUUCCGAACAAGUAACAUAUUAAUGUUUAUUGUUUAUUAUCUUGUUAUAUUUAUGUUUUGUACAAAAACAAGUGUUGGUUAUUUUAAUUAUCUUCGUUUUGUUCAUCCAUAUCCUCCACCAUCAUUAAAACGACUUCGACUAUUACUUAUUAGUUCAUUUCUAAUAUCUAUAACAUAUGUUUCAUUUGCUAUUGGUUUUAAUUCAAAUUCUUCAUAUCAUAUAACAAUAUUAUAUCCAUAUAAAAUAUGUUGGUUUACUCCAAAUGUUAUUCAUUAUUUUUUAACAAUUCCUAUUUGUAUUUUUCUUCUAUUAAAUAUAAUAAUGAUUAUAUCAGUUAUUAGAUGUUUGAUAAAUCAUGCACGAAAUGUUAUUGCAUCGGAUCAAUCUUCUAAACGACUGAAAAUGUGUGUACUCGUACUUCUUUCAUCAUGUGUAACACAAGGUAUUAGUUGGCUUAUUGGUCCAUUAUUAUCUAUAAUUAAUUCAUAUAAUGUUCAUGGUUUAACUUGGAUUUUUGUUAUUUUUAAUGGUCUUGAAGGUGUAUGGUCUAUUCUUCUUUAUAUUAUUAUUCGUGCACAACGUGUAGAUGAAAACGCACGUUCUGGUAUUUGUGAAACAUUAACUAGAUCAUCAACUUUAUCAUCAGAUCACUGUAAAAAGAAAUAUCAACAAUGA